GUAUGUUAAUAGUGCUAACCACAUCCUCAGACAUAACUUCUAAACUCUGACAGUGGACAAGUACAGUAGAGGUGGCAUAUAAACUGGUGAGAUGUCAAUAAAGAUGGCGUCCAUUCUGUCUCACCACCUCCUUUUCCUCAUUCUGCUCACAUCAGAACUCCAAGUAAAUAUUCCUGGGAAAAUGGUAGAAGAAACUACAGCCAAUCUCAUGUGCCUCCAUGUGGAAGCUCCUGAAGAAGUGAGAGAGGGAGAAACAGCAGAUCUGACAUGUAAAACCACCUGCAAUCUGACUGAACCAACAUUCAUCUGGUACAAAAAUGGACGUCCUUUAACCACAAAGACCAUCAAGAACAACCAGCUCCACCUGCAGACAGUCAGCAGUCAGGAUGCAGGCAGUUAUAGCUGUGCUGUAAGAGGAUAUCAGCAUCUCCACUCUACUGCUCACAACCUCAGAGUCAGAUACCGUCCAAAGAGCGUCUCCGUGUCCAUCCACCCUUCUGGUGAAGUAGUGCAGGGCAGUUCAGUGACUCUGACCUGCAGCAGUGAUGGAAACCCACCUGUGGAAUGUCACUGGUUUAAAGGAACAACAUUAGUAGUAAAAGAAAAGAACUACACAAUUACCAAUGCCAGCUCUGUGGACAGUGGAGAAUACAAGUGCAAGUGCAUUAAUGAACAUGGAGAGCAAUACUCUGCAGCUCUAACUCUGGAUGUUUUGUGUUAA